AACUGAACAAUACAUUUGUAUUAGAGUAGAAGCAAGUGAAACCCAUCGUUGAUGACACUUUACUCAACCCAUCUUAAAUCGUCAAAUAUUCCCACAAUACAAAAACGACGUCGUAAGUACUCUAUGAUCUCUCUAUAUAACCAAAACAAAUGAAGUAAGAGUUAAGAAGAAUCUUCAUACUAGAAAAACAAUGGAGCUCUCUCAAGUCUUCUUCACCAUUUUCUUAUUCUUCCUUCUCUCACAAGCAAACUCAACAACCGAUCUGAUCUCACAAACCUGCAAAUCUUGCGCAGCCAAAUCCGCGAUCUUCGACUACAGCUUCUGCGUUUCAUCUCUCAACAACUCUCCAAUAUCUCUGCCUUCUCCGACCAAUCUCUCAUCUCUCGCCCUAGUUCCAAUGCUCCAAGCUCUCGACAACGCCACAGCAACAGCUUCCACCAUUCAGCAGCUUCUGAUUGUCGACGAUGAAGGCGGUUUCCGCGGCGCUUGCCUCCGUGACUGCCUCGAGCUUUACCAGGACGCCGCAGAUAGAUUAGAGGAGGCAGUGAGGGUUUUUGUAACGAGGGAAGAGUUGGGGACGGUGAACAUAAUGGUGAGCGCAGCCAUGGAAUCCGCCGUUACUUGUGAGAACGGGUUUAAGGAGAGAGACGACGGUGACAGUGACGCUGACGGUGGUGGUGAUAUGACCUGGACGUCUCCUAUCGCUAGUGAGAAUCACAAACUGUUUGAGUUUGGUCAGAUUGCUCUUUGUAUAAUCAAUAUGAUCUCUUCUUCUGUCACAUCUAUAUCUUUCUAAAUCGUUUUCAAUAGUAUAUGGUGAUUGGUGAGUGACCUUUUAAAGCUUUUGUUUGUAUGAAAAGCGACAAAAGGAUAAAGUGAUAGCGUAACCAAUAAUCUCUAAUGCAUUUAAAUGCUCACAAUA